AUGUUUCGUUCCGGCAGGGACCAGCUCCUGGCGGAAAAAUGCCGCUGCCAAAGUUUCGCAGACGGCUGCAUCGAGCUCCAGUUGGUGAUUACGACUGAGAUCUUGCGUUCCUCAUUGAGCUCUGCCCUGGCUUUGGAGGCUUUGCAGGGCCUUCACGGCAUCGCCAAGGAGAGCGCAGGAGAUCCAAAGGUCUGGUCGGCAGUGGAGGCUGAAGUUUGGGAUAGCCUAAAUCAGCCAUUGCGAGAUGUUCAAGAUUUGGCCACUUCAGUCCUCAUGGCAGCUGCUGGCGCUGGCAGAUCUGGAACGCGAGAGGAAGUCUUGGAGCGUCUCGAAAGUCAAGAUGAGCGCUCCAGGCUCGUCGCUGUGCAGAUGCUGGGCAUCAUGGGUGAUGCAUCAGCAGACGCGCUGAGGCGGCGGCUGUUAGACCCGAGCGAUACGGUGCGGGCAGCGGCGGCAGAGGCUUUGGCUUCUCGCCCGGAGUUCCUGGAUCAAGCGGCCAGGUUCGCUUUAAGCGCCUUGCUCCAUGACCGGAGUGCUCUGGUUCGGACGGCGGCCAUGCGCGGCCUCGCCCGCUUCGUCUCAAUGAGCGGAUGUCCUGUUUGUGCUCCAGCAGGCGACCCUCAACAAUAUGCAGAUAGGCUGGAAUUCGCUUUUCUCGCAGUCUUAGCACGCCUUCAGCACCCUGAUCCGUCGGUGCGCAGCUCUGUGGCUGGUGCCGCGGGUGCUGUGCUCAAUGCUGCAGCGCGGCGUCGCUGCGAACGCUGCAAUUGCCGACGUCGCCCGGAGGCGGCAGAGGAGACGAGCUUUGCCACCAUGGCUGCUCAAGCCCUCUCCGCCUGUUUGGCCGAUGAAUGUGCUGCAGUACGUGCGUUGGCAUUGCAAGCUUUGGCAGAGUUUCAUGGAGGGAACGGGAAAGAUAGAAAGAUCAUGGCACCGGAGCUCUCUGCACUCAAGAAUCAGGUGGCCCCUUGCCUAAAGCACAUGGACGCCGGAGUCCGUGUCGCAGCCACGCGUGCGACUGUUCGCCUUGUACAGAAUGGCGACAGGGAGUCGAUCCAGGUUCUUCAGCGGCUGGUGCAGAAAGACACCGACAUCAGUGUCCGGACGGCAGCGAAAAAUGCUCUGCUGGCGCUGGGGGUGGACCCCUUUUAA